AUGCCGGACCCUUCGGUCGCUCAUACUACUAUGUAUGGGCCCUCCUGGCGCUCAUAUCCCCCGUCCUUCGCCUCGCAGAGCGCUCCUCCUCCUCCGCCGCCGCCGCCGCGUCGACCAUCCUUACCCUCGCCUGCCUAUGCCGAUUUCCCCAAUCGAGUGCUGCCCGACCUUCCUCAUCACGAUGUCCCUCCUCCGUAUGCACGCACAAACAGCUUCUCCAGUACAACUCAGCCCUCCCCGCCGCCUCGAACACCGCGUCCCAACACCUAUCCGCUCAUGAACGGCUCCCAGCAUGAACCUCCCCCUCCUCCUUCUACUCCCCACUCUGUCCCUCCCGACUACAGAUCCCGCAUGCUCUAUCCACCGCAGCAGCAUGUCAACGGGGAGGUUCCCCACCAGCCUCCUCCCCCUCCCCCUCCUCCGCCUCCGCCUCCGCACUCAAUUCCUCCAUCUCAGUAUGCCCAUCCGGUCUCGCAUCUGCCUCAGACUCCCGGCCCUUACGACCCAGCCUACUACUCCAACCAACCCUUUGGCUUACGUCAACGGAAAGCUACGCGGGCUCAACAGGCCUGUGACCAAUGUCGUGCGAGAAAGGCCAAAUGCGAUGAAGGGCGCCCUUCAUGUAGCCAUUGCAAGGAGAACAAUCUGGCCUGCGUUUACAAAGAAGUCCCUCCUCACAAGCAGGAAAAGGCUACACAGGCCCUUCUGGACCGGAUGAAUGAGCUAGCUCGCAAUUUACAAUCGGUCGAGGACGCUGUGAUGAGUGAGUUUUCUACUGUGCAGAAACUCCAAUCUCAGCAGGAAGCCAGCAUGAACCAGAGCAUGAGCCAGGUGCGCCAAGAGAUAAUAACUGAAUUGAAGAAACGUCUUCCUCGGAAUGGCCAGCCGACUCCUCAGGAUUCAAGGACUCCCUCCGGCAUGGAGCGAACACUCUCCCAGAAGCCACUAGCCGAACCCCAGGGAAGUUCGCAAGAUGAUACAGGGUCAAGCACUGACCCGACGGUGACAAACAACACAAAUAAUGACGAGGAUGGAGAGCUUUCAAUUCCAGUGGACCACAGUACAGCCGCCCAUAAACUACUCCGGUGGCCGUCCAUCAGAAAUCUACUUCAGCCUAAAGAAUACCAUGAGGAUUAUGUCAUGAGACUUGAAGAGGAUCGAGGUCUGAUCCGAAUAUACGGGCAAGGUGAAGGGGAUGACUCAGCCGAGGACCCUGAGACUCCUACAAUCUCAUCCACCGUCCGGUCCUCCCCUAGUCUGGAGGAGACUAGCCUUGUGCGCAACCACCUGAGCCCGCCACACGGCAAGCCUGGGGAGAGUUUAGCUGGUAUCACAGAGUCAGGCAGGAUGAUCACAAAUGCCGAAACAGUCCGCCGCUACCAUCAGAGCUACAUUGAGCACAUGCAGAAGCUGCAUCCAUUCCUCGACCAAAACGAGAUAUCGGCGAAACUGGAGACUUUCAUAAGCCUAUACUGUCCCUCCCAACCGGGUACUCCAGCAAAGCCCUUACUCGACCCAAAUACAGGACAGUUGCCGCGGGGCGCCAAGCGGAAGCGUUCCAACGAGGUUCUGUACGACGUGAAACCAGAACUCCAUGCCUGCCCUGCACAAGUCAAAAAAUCCAUUGACAAUGCCAUAAUCCUCCUGGUUAUUGCCUUGGGUGCCAUCUGUGAAUGGAGAGAACGUCCCAUCCCUGGUCCAAUUGGGGUGUUUUCCCAGGACCUUCAAAAGGAACGGUUCGCGGGUGUCGCCGCUGUACCUUCCACUGCCCCAUCUCCUGACGCGGCCAGCCACUCUUUCUCGUUUCUGGCAGCUGGCGAUAAGCAUAAUGUCUCAAGUUGCACGCCACCCGAAUCUAGACCAAGAAAUCUGGACGUCAUUCCCGGGCUGGCCUACUACGCGUAUGCCACAGAAAUACUGGGCGCCCUUCAAGGUGGAAAUCGCCUGCCUAAUGUGCAGGCGGCACUACUUGCAGGGCUCUAUGCAGGCCAGUUGGCGCAUCCAUUUCAGAGCCAUGCUUGGAUCUUUCAGGCCGCAAGGGCAUGCCAAGUACUUAUGCGACCAAACUCUUAUGCACGAAUGCAAAACAAUCCUCGUAAGGAUCUUUACGAAUUUGCGUACUGGACAUGCCUACAGCUAGAGAGUGAUCUCCUGGCGGAGCUUGAUCUCCCUGCCAGCGGCAUAUCCCGCUCUGAAGGUCGCAUUAGCUUGCCAAGUGGGCCGUUCACGCUUAGUGUCCCUAAUGAGAUCCAUGCGCCAAAUACCAUGAUGAUGAUGCUGUACUUUUCCCAAAUCCACCUGCGCAAGUUUCUUAACUGCGUCCAUACAGACCUAUAUAAAGUCGAGAAACAGGGCCAUGCUAGCUGGUCCACCAGCGUGCAAUCCGUACUGAGCAUGAACCUUGAACUCUGGCGGAGUAACCUGCCGACUGUGAUGAAGUGGAAUGACUCUGAUCCUCCAGCAAGCGACAUCAAUGUGGCCCGCCAGCGGGCCAAAUACUAUGGUGCUCGGUACAUUAUCCACCGACCCCUCCUCUAUCACGCGCUGCAUUUGCCGGUUAAGCCAGAGCAAUGGCAGUCCUUCUCGGAUUCCCCUAACCGCAGCGCGUCGCCAUCGUUGGCACAGAGUCAGAGAACUCCAGGCCAAGCUGGAUCUCUGGCGGUGGAUCAUUGCCCUGUCUGGCCUGGACCUAAGUACCGGGAGCUCCCGCGACAGCUUCGAAGAGCCUGCAAGGUAUGCGUGGACUCGGCAAUUGCAAGUACAAUAGCCUUUGAUGGCGUCAAAGGUCGGCCUAUCGUGACGAAUAUCUUCGGAACCGCCCAUGCACAAUUCGGCAACGUCCUUGUGCUGGCUGCCACAUAUACAUCCGGUCUGUCGGAGCUCGUUGAUCGGGACCUGCUGGAACAUCUUUUCAAGCGAACUAUCAACUUCCUCCUUCAGAGCCGAUACAUCUCGCCCAGUUUGCUGGCAGAUGCACGGAUUCUGAAGGAGAUUUAUCAGAAGAUAUUCGGGAAGCAUGUUGUCCUGAGUGAUGACAUUGGGGUCAGGAGCGGGGGCGGGAGCGCAACUGCAAGUGGCAGUGUGAAAUAUCCCAGUUUUUCAUCGGAGUCAUGA